GGUAAACCUACCCAACCGCUGCAGUACCCUGUGAACGUCAGGUGGAGCUCGCCCUCCGACCAGAGAGUUUUGUCCCCGCCAGGCCGCCGUAGUGAAUAUGUGCGUGCAGCUGCUACUAGAGGCAGGUGUUAGAGGGAGUUCCGUAGUACGGGCAGACGGCAGACUUGUCUCGUCACUCCUCGGUGAAUUCUCUCGCCUCCAGUACUGACUUUCCCUGUGACUGUCCAUAGCCAGGCUACACCGGAGCUCGCCCCCUCCCCGGAGACACACAGCCGUUACUAGCUGUACAGUGCGCUUGGAGGUUAUUGUGUGUGAGGGGACUCAUCCCAUCUCCAGCAGUGACAUCAUCCUGCUACUGGAAGGAUAUUCUUCCACAAUGGCUUCUGCUGUGGCAAGUAUGGUGCCCACUACUGCUUCCCGCUUUGCUCUGCUGAAAGUAGACAGCAGCAGCGACUCUGAUUCGGAGAAGUCUAAAGUAUCACGUGGAGCUGGGAAAUCGCGAAACGCAUCUGCUACAAGUAGUAAAAGCAUAGCAAAUGAGAAAAAGAAGGAAAAACGUAGAAAGAAGAAAGAACAGCAACAAAGCGAGGCUAAUGAGUUAAGGAAACUGGCAUUCAAGAAGAUUCCCCAAAAACCCUCUCAUGGUACUGGUGGGUCCCAGCAGGAAUCUGUGCCGCAGAGUACAGCUAAAGAGGCUCCUCAAGAAGACUGGCAGCAGUGGCGACAGAGAGAUGAACAGCUUACAUCUGAUUUGUUUGAAGCAGAUCUUGAAACAGCCUUAAUCCAGAGUAAGCUAGAAUAUGAGGAACUGAAAAAGGAAAAUGACAGUGGAGAAAAUGUAUCGCCUCAGUCAAAAAGGGUUGGUAAAAAGGAUAAGCGCAAGAUUCAACAAGGAAAGGACAAGCCUCUCACAGUAUCCUUAAAAGACUUCCAAUCAGAAGAACAAAACACUAAAAAAUCAGAGGAACUAAAGUCUCCUCCCAUGUUACCACAUGAUCGUGGCUUUUUCAAUAAAUUGGAAGAUGAUGUCACCAAAAUAAUCCUUAAAGAAAAGAGAAAAGAACAAAACACAUUUACUGAUGUAACAGAAAGUGUCUCUUCUCCUGAAUACAAUAUGGAACGAGUACUGAAAGAUGGAAGAACAGAGUUAUUAAAGUUGGAACUAGAAAAGAAAGAUACAGAGAUACAGCAUCUAAAAAGCAUAAUUUCUCAGUGCGAGGUAAAAUAUAAAGAAGUGAAAGCCAGGAAUGCACAGGUUCUGAAAAUGCUGCAAGAAGGGGAAAUGAAAGACAAAGCAGAAAUCCUCUUACAAGUUGAUGAAUUACUUACAAUUAAAAAUGAAUUAACGUUACAGGUCACCAGUCUGCAUGCUGCCUUAGAGCAAGAACGAUCAAAAGUAAAGGUUUUACAAGCAGAGCUUGUGAAAUACAAGGUUGGUAAGAAAGGUAAAAAAAAUUCUGAAUCAGACCAUGGACGAUGAUAAAGCAUGUCCUUAUCACUGGAGGAGAAGGAGCAUUUUGUAAAAAGCACUAACUUUUCUGCAGCGUUGAAGUACUGCUGUUCCAAUGCCAUACGUUAGUUUUUCAUGACUAAAUAAAACUUAUUCUUCCAUAAAAAUA